UGAUAUCAUCAUCAGACACAUUACUAUAAAUAAAUAUACAAGUAAUUAUAAUCAUGAAGACCCAUUUAAAAACGAUAAAAUGACUAUAAGCCCAGAAACAUUUCACUUCCUCCCUUAUUACUCUCACUCUCUUCUUCUUCUUCACCUUAACUGAACCAUUUCAUUCUCAUUUUCUUCUCUCUUCCCAACGCAAUGGACCCAUGGCUCGACGAUCUAACCGACGACCUCCAAAGCCUCAGCUUCGCCUCCACAACCACCACAACCGCCACCACCGCCGACAUCAAACGCAGCACAAGCUUCAGUUCCGAAACAACCGCCUCAACUUCCACAAGAUCCCUACCUCCAACAACCAAACCUCACGCUCCUUCCUCCGACCCUCGCUGGUCCGCCAUUCACCGGAUCCGAUCAGAGUCACCUUCUCGUCGCAUACUUCCGUCUGACCUUCGAUUCUCCCGCCGUCUCGGCUCCGGCGAUAUUAGUUCCGUUUAUCUUGCGGAACUUAACGAUGAUGGAAAAAUCCCGGCGAUGUUCGCGGCGAAAGUGAUGGAUAAGAAGGAGCUUAUUAGUAGGAGUAAGGAAGGAAGAGCGAAGACGGAGAGAGAAAUACUUGAGUCUCUUGACCAUCCUUUCUUGCCUACUCUUUAUGCUACCAUCGACGCGGCGAAAUGGCUUUGUCUCUUGACGGAGUUUUGCCCCGGCGGCGAUCUUCACGUUCUCCGACAACGCCAGCAGAACAAACGCUUCACUGAAUCCGCCGUGAGAUUCUAUGCAUCAGAAGUGUUGAUGGCGCUUGAAUACCUUCACAUGUUGGGAAUAGUAUACCGUGAUCUCAAACCAGAGAACGUGUUAGUUAGAUCAGAUGGCCAUAUCAUGCUCACAGACUUUGACCUCUCCUUAAAAUGUGAUGACAAUUCCACACCAACAGCCCAGAUAAUAAUCUCCAGUCAAGACUCUCCACAAGUAGCCCCACAAAAAAAUCCCCACUCCGAACCCUCCCAAUUCGCCUCAUCUUCUUGCAUAAUACCCAACUGUAUAGUCCCAGCAGUGUCCUGUUUCCAACCAAAACGCAAGCGAAAGAAGAAACAAACUCAGCUUCACGGCCCGGAGUUUGUUGCCGAACCUAUUGAUGUCCGGUCCAUGUCAUUUGUGGGCACCCACGAAUACUUGGCUCCUGAAAUAGUGUCUGGGGAGGGGCACGGUAGUGCUGUCGAUUGGUGGACCUUAGGGAUAUUUAUAUUCGAAUUGUUUUACGGCGUGACGCCUUUUCGAGGCUUGGAUAAUGAACUCACUCUAGCAAAUAUCGUGGCUCGAGCUUUGGAGUUCCCAAAGGAACCCACCGUGCCAGCCACGGCAAAAGAUCUUAUCUCACAGUUAUUGAUUAAGGACCCAGCAAGGAGAUUGGGAUCAAUAAUGGGAGCUUCUACAAUCAAACACCACUCAUUUUUCCAAGGUGUGAAUUGGGCAUUGUUAAGGUGUACACCUCCACCUUACGUUCCACCACCCUAUACUAAAGAUAAAGAAGAUGUAUCUGAUGAAAGUUGUCCACAAACACCUGUUGAUUAUUAUUGAUGACAGUAGGAGACGAGGAAAAGUACAGUUAGCUAGCUAGUUAAGUUUAAGGAAAUUCAAUUAUAUUUCUCUUUUUUUUUUUUAAUUUAAUUUGUCACAACACUCUUGUCUUUAUAUUUAAUAGGCUUGAAUAGAGAAAUGUAAUAUUGUGAACCAAACUAUGUUAAUUAAGCUUGAUGACAAAUUAAAUUAACGAGUGCUCUGCUCGAGCACAGCAAAACAUAUCAUAAUAUGGAGAUGGGGUUGGUGUAUUAUAAUACA